AUGUUGAGUCUCGAUUCGCCCGUUACCUUGACUUUCGAUUCAAAACCAUCACCGAUGGCAUUGUUGACGAUCACCCGGGUGAUCGUCAACAAUGCCAUCGGUGAUGGUUUUGAAUCGAAAGUCAAGGUAACGGGCGAAUCGAGACUCAACAUUGUGGUGGUUGAUGAUGAGAUUGUAGCUAAAAUUGGGGGCCCCUUAGAUGGGUCGCUUCGGGUGUCUCAGUUGGGGGUAUGCCAUACCCUGGACGUUCUAAGAAGCAAUAGCUCCAAGGAUGUCUUUUGGUUUGAUGAGGCUCAGUUUGACGAUGUUCGGCUUACUGAGUGCCUUCUCAAUCUAAAGGCGUUCGAUGGAUUAGAUGCAUCUGAGGAACACCUUAGUAUACAUGUCUUUCAAUGA